AUGGACAGUGUAUCCGGAUUGCUGGCCACGCUUGGCGUGGAUGACCUGUCACCGGCCGAGUGGUGCCAGGUCUUCUUCAUUGUCAGUGCAGGUUGCGUUUUCAUGAUCCAAGUGCUCCCGGAUGAUAUGCGUAGCGCCCUGAUGGACUACGGUGCCAGGAGGGCGAAGCCCAGCCAGGCUUCCGCGGAGAAGACCAAGGCUCAGGCGCCCAGCCAAGGAUUUUUUGACGUCCUGACAAGCUACGGCCAGCUACCUCAUUCGUGGUUCAUACAUUUCUACAUAGCAUCCGUGCUAUGGUCAAUAUUCUGGGGCUGGCAAUUCAUGUCCAAGGGGUCGUUGAUGCGGACGAUGGCCGAGAUGCAGCACCGGAGUCAAUCACCCGAGGUUGACCUUACUGGGACACUGGUGGCGUGGCUAUUGAUGAGCUACCAGGGAGUAAGGAGGCUGUUUGAGUGUAUUUUUGUCACCAAGCCUGGAUCAUCUCCCAUGUGGUUUGUCCACUGGGUUCUUGGGUUGGCCUAUUACACGGCGACGGGUGUCUCUGUCUGGAUUCAUGGCUCACGAGCAAUUCUUCAAUCGUGGGAGUCCCCGCAGCCUAUUCACUUUACGCCACAAAUCAUAAUCGGGGCGGCAGUCUUUGGGUUUGCCGGCGCUCAGCAAAACCACUGCCACAGUCACCUGGCAGGACUCAAGAAAUAUACGCUUCCAAACGAGGGCUGGUUCAAGUACUUGAUUUGCCCCCACUACACAUUCGAGUGCAUACUCUACUUGAGCCUUGCCGUCGUUGCGGCGCCAGCAGGAUGUAUGGUGAACAGAUCUGUCCUGUGCGCGUUGGUCUUCGUCCUGACAAAUCUCGGCGCGACGGCAUAUGGCACAAAAGCUUGGUAUGCCGACAAGUUUGGGGCGGGCAAGUUGGCGGGGAAAUGGACCAUGAUCCCCUUUGUAUUCUAG